GUGCACCGGCGGGCGGGCGCGGGGCGGGGCGGCGCCGGGCCCCUUUGUUCGGCGGGAGGCGGUGGCGCGCCGCCUCUCCGCUUUGUCCGCCGCUGCCGGCGGGAGCCGCUUGCCCCGGCGCGCUGGUUUGAGACAACUGCCUGGCCAGGAUGAGCUGGAGUUUCCUGACGCGGCUCUUGGAGGAGAUCAACAACCACUCGACCUUUGUGGGCAAGAUCUGGCUGACCGUCCUCAUCGUCUUCCGCAUUGUGCUGACGGCUGUGGGGGGCGAGUCCAUCUACUAUGAUGAGCAGAGCAAGUUCGUCUGUAACACGCAGCAGCCGGGCUGCGAGAACGUCUGCUACGAUGCCUUCGCCCCGCUCUCCCACGUCCGCUUCUGGAUCUUCCAGAUCAUCAUGGUGGCCACGCCAUCAGUGCUCUACCUGGGCUUCGCUAUGCACCGCAUUGCCCGCAUGCCUGAGUCCUCACGGCGCCGGGCACCGGCAGCCCAGCGGGCACGCAUGCCGGUGGUGCGCCGGGGAGCCGGGCGGGACUACGAGGAGGCAGAGGAUGAUAACGAAGAAGACCCCAUGAUCUUUGAGGAGAUUGAGGUGGAGAAGGAGAAGAGCCCAGAAGGUGGAGAGAAGCAUGACGGCCGGCGCCGCAUCAAGCAGGACGGGCUGAUGCGUGCUUAUGUCCUGCACUUGCUGUGCCGCUCGCUGCUGGAGAUGGCUUUCCUCUUUGGCCAGUAUCUGCUGUACCGCUUCGAGGUGAUCCCCUCCUACAUCUGCAACCGCAGCCCCUGCCCGCACACCGUUGACUGCUUUGUCUCCCGCCCCACAGAGAAGACCAUCUUCCUCCUCAUCAUGUACGCCGUCAGCGGGCUCUGCCUCUUCCUCAACCUCUGUGAGCUCGUGCACCUGGGCGUGGGGCGCAUCCGUGAUGCCCUGAGCCAGCCUAAUGCCCCCCCGCUCCCAGCUGGCGACAGCCCCGCUCCACAGUACCCCAGGAAAGCCCCUGGCGCACCCCCCACCUAUCACUCACUGAAGAAGGAGCCGCCACGAGCACCGCUGCCCGAUGCCAAGCUGGACUACCGGGAGGGCCUGGGGGCCGGGCGGUUCGCCCUGGCCAGGGCUCCCCCGGCGCACGAGCUGGACCGGCUGCGCGAGCACCUGCGCCUGGCACAGGAGCAUUUAGAGGUCGCCUUCCACCUCCAGCCGCCACCGCGGCCCCCCAGCCCUGCCCGCAGCAGCAGCCCUGAGGCCAACGGCAUCGCCGCCGAGCAGAACCGCCUCAACCUCGCCCAUGAGAAGGGGACUGGCGCCUGCGACAGGACCACAGGGCUGUGAGUGCCACCAGGGAUGGCCGCGGUAUCUGCUGGAGUGGCUGCUGCUGCCAGCACAGGACAGACAGCCUGCCAGGAGCGCGGGGUGGAGGAUGCUGUGUGCCUGCCCGGAGGGGCUGGCCGGGCAGCCCUGUACCGGUGGGCAGUGGAAGGGAUGGGAGCCUUCGGGGACAUUCCUACUCAACUUUCAAAAAGGGAAUAUCUUAUUUUUGUACAUUUCUAUAAGCUUGUCAGCGUGUGUGCCCUGGCGUUUUUAUACUCUGCCCAUGAUCUCUCUCUGGGCCUGUGCUCCCCUCCCUGUCUCCUGUUUCACCCCCUUUUCCUCCUCCUACCCACAUUUCCUGCAGCAUGUUCCCCUCACACCCUGUGCCCUCCCUUGCCUGCUGCUGGCCAGGGCUGUGCCUGUCAGGCCAUGCUGGCAGCGUGGGGGCUUAGGGAAGCGAGCCUGUGCGUCUAGCUGGCUGUGCCAAGAUGGGACAGGACACUGGGCUGGCAUUCUGCUUGAAGCAUAGGAGACAGAAGGGUCCUGGUGGCACCGCUGCUAGAAAGUGCUGGUGCAUCCAGGGGGGCCGUGCUGCACAGCAUCCUGCACAGGGCUGAGAGCUGCAGGGCUGGCCAGCUCAGAAAUGUGUGUGCAGAGGGCAGGGGCUGUCCUCCCUGCUGCCUCCGCCUCUCUCCCCACUCAGCCAGCUGCUCUUGGACCAAAGCCCAUGCCCUCCUGCUCUGGCCGUUGGGCCAGGACUCCCUGUGUGGGGCCAGACCCUGGUCCCAUCGUGGGUAGAUGCCAUGUCCGGAGCCGGGCUCAGCUGGGAGCCAGUGGGGCAUUUCUCAUCAUCUCAGCCUGGGUCACAUGAGGAUUUUUGUAGCGUUGUUUUUUACUAAGCAAUGAUUGCCACUCUGUUUUUUCUCCUUUUCUUUUUAUAUCUAUAUUAGUAAAGGCUGGAGAUGUUUUGUACUGAA